UCACGCAGCUGGCCAAGGGCAGCAGGACAAAGCUACUGUCGCUCAUCCCGGUUCUGCAUGGGCCCGAUGAUGACUCCUGUCCUGGGCUGACCAGAAAGGCCAUGGGCACUGAGAGAGCCCCCCAGAGCCAGCCAUGCACCCUGCACCUCCUCGUCCUGGUCCCCAUCCUCUUCAGCCUGGCAGCCUCUCUGGCCUGGAAGGCAGCCUCGGGCCGGGACCCCUUCGAGAAAUGCAUGCGCGACCCUGACUAUGAGCAGCUGCUCAAGGUGGUAAUCCUGGGCCUCAACCGCACCACACAGCCCCAGAAGGUGAUUGUGGUCGGCGCUGGCGUGGCUGGGCUGGUGGCGGCCAAGGUGCUCAGUGAUGCUGGACACAAGGUCACCAUCCUGGAGGCAGAUAACAGAAUCGGGGGCCGCAUCCUCACCUUCCGGGACCCCAAGACUGGCUGGUCUGGGGAGCUGGGAGCCAUGCGCAUGCCCAGCUCCCACAGGAUCCUGCAUGCACUCUGCAAGAGCCUGGGACUCAACCUGACCACAUUCACCCAGUAUGACGAGAACACGUGGACGGAGGUGAAUGGUGUGAAGCUUCGGAACUAUGUGGUGGAGAAGAUGCCUGAGAAGCUGGGUUACAGACUGCGCCCCGGGGAGAGGGGCCACUCCCCAGAAGACAUCUACCAGAUGGCUCUCAGCAGGGCCCUAAAAGAUGUCAAGGCACUGGGCUGCAGAAAGGCACUGAGGAAGUUUGAGAAGCACACACUCCUGGAGUACCUCGUCGGGGAGGGCAACCUCAGCCGGCCGGCUGUCCAGCUUCUAGGAGACGUGAUGUCCAAGGAUGGCUUCUUCUAUCUCAGCUUCGAAGAGGCCCUGCGCGCUCACAGUUGCCUCAGCGACCAGCUCCAGUAUAGCCGCAUCGUGGGCGGCUGGGACCUGCUACCGCGCGCCUUGCUGAGCUCGCUGUCCGGGCCCUUGCUGCUGAACGCGCAGGUCGUGGCGCUGACCCAGGGCGCACACGACGUGCGGGUGCACAUCAAGACCUCCAGCGGGCCGCAGAGCCUGAAGGCGCUGACCGCCGACGUGGUGCUGCUGACGGCCAGCGGCCCGGCGCUGCAGCGCAUAACCUUCUCGCCGCCGCUGACGCGUAAGCGGCAGGAGGCGGUGCGCAGGCUGCACUAUGUGCCAGCCACCAAGGUGUUCUUGAGUUUCCGCCGUCCCUUCUGGCACGAGGAACACAUCAAAGGUGGCCACUCGAACACAGACCGCCCGUCGCGUGCUAUUUUCUACCCGCCGCAGGGUGAGGGCGCGCUGCUGCUGGCCUCAUACACGUGGUCGGAUGCCGCCUCCGCGUUUGCUGGCCUGAGAGUCGAGGAGGCGCUGCGCGUGGCUCUGAGCGACGUGGCGGCACUGCACGGGCAGCUCGUGUACCGGCUCUGGGAUGGCACCGGCGUCGUCAAGCGCUGGGCCGAGGACCCACACAGCCAGGGUGGCUUUGUGGUGCAGCCGCCCGUACUCUGGCAAGCCGACGAGGGCACGGAGCAGCCUUAUGACUGGGCCGCCCCCUACGGCCGCAUCUACUUCGCGGGCGAGCACACCGCCUACCCACACGGCUGGGUGGAGACCGCCGUCAAGUCCGCGCUGCGGGCUGCCCUGAGGAUCAACAGCCCCGAGGAGCCCGCGAGCACCGCCCCCGAGGAGCUGCCGGCUGUGCACUUGGCUGGCUGCGCUCUGUGCAAAGAGGCGGAGCAAAGGGCCGCCCCAGCCCAGCGCCUCCCACAGUCCAUUCAGGGAACCCAGCAUUAA